GAGGCUCCCUCCUCCCGGCGACACUCGCCGAACCUCCCGGCCGCCUGCCCUGGGUGUUUGCCCGCGCGGUAGCCCGGGUGCCAGCCUGGGGAGUAGUUUCGCUUCCUGCUGGCUCCGGGCAUUCGUUUCCAGGCACCCGGUCGGGCGCUCGCGGCUCGGGAAGGGGGCGCAGGAGGAGGCGGGAGGCUCGUCUAGGGGCUGCGCGGCCCCGCAGCACGGUUGAUGGCCCGGGCCGCCCCGGGCAGCGGCGCCAGCCCCCUGCCCCUGCUCCCGGCCCUCGCCUUGGGUCUAGUGAUCCUCCACUGUGUUCUGGCAGAUGGGAAUUCAACCAGAAGUCCUGAAAAUGAUGGCCUUCUCUGUGGAGAUCAUGCAGAAAACUGCCCAGUUAGCACCACACAACCAAAGCGAAGAGGCCACUUCUCUCGGUGCCCCAAGCAGUACAAGCAUUACUGCAUUAAAGGGAGAUGUCGCUUCGUGGUGGCCGAGCAGACGCCCUCCUGCGUCUGUGAUGAAGGCUAUGCUGGGGCCAGAUGUGAGAGAGUUGACUUGUUUUACCUAAGAGGAGACAGAGGGCAGAUUUUGGUGAUUUGUUUGAUAGCAGUUAUGGUAAUUUUUAUCAUUUUGGUGGUCAGUAUCUGCACAUGCUGUCAUCCUCUUCGGAAACGUCGGAAAAGAAGAAAGAAGGAAGAAGAAAUGGAAACUCUGGGUAAAGAUAUAACUCCUAUAAAUGAUGAUAUUCAAGAGACUAGUAUUGCUUAAUGUCUAUGAAGAUUACUCCAGGUUGAUGGCAAGUUACAAAGUAUCUUCUUACUCAUUUGAAAAUGGACAGAAUGGGUCUCAGGAAACAGCUAGCAAAAUGAAUUUUAAAUAAUGUAUUUACUUUUUGUCCAUAAUGUUAAUUUGUGUUAUUUACUAUUGUUUUUAUAAUAAUAAUAAAUAAUUUUAUUAUUAUACAGUAUUUGGGAAAAGCACCCAGUUAAGCAGGGACAUUUUAAUAAACUUCCAGUUAAGUUUUGUCACCAAAAUUACUAGUCAAAUAAAAAAGAAGAGUAGGAAGGAGUUUAGAUCUUAGGAAUUGCAUUAAUAAUAAAACUACCAUUUAUCCAACACUUACUAUGUGCUAAGAGUUUGAAAUACAUUAUUUCCUUUAAUUCUUUCAAAAACCUAUGAUUCUCAUUUCUCGUGUAUAGAAACAGGCCCUAAGAAACUAAAGGACAUUCCCUGGUGGCUCAGAUGGUAAAGAAUCUGCCUGCAAUGCAGGAGACCUGGAUUUGAUCUCUGGGUCUUGAAGAUAUCCUGGAGAAGGGAAUGGCAACCCACUCCAGUAUUAUUUACCUGGAGAAUCCCAUGGACAGAAAAGCCUAGCAGGCUACAGUCCAUGGGGUCGCAAAGAGGUGGACACAACGCAAGAAGUUAAAUAAUAUAACCAGAUUUUUAGAGUUAGGAGUAGGUGAAGCUGAAAUUGGAACCAAUAUUUAGCCAAGUUCAAAGUUUGCUCUUAACCAUCAUUUUUGUUCACUGGAGUUGUUGCAACCUAAUGCACAAUAUAACCCAAGACUUUACACUAAACUGUGUUUGUAAUGACCGAGGCACUGGUACAUUUUCCUGCACAAACUCAGAUUGCAGAGUCCUGGAUAUAUAUUAACUGUUUAUAUCAUGCUUUUUAUAGGCUUGACUUUAAUUAUGUUUAAUUAUGUUUCUUUGCUCCUUUGUAAAUUCUCAGUGAUAUACAUGCAUUACAUUUCUAAAGCAAACAGCUUUGUCCCACAGUUAGGAAAAUGACAGAGAUGGAAAGUAAUUGCAUGAUCAUCUUUAAGCUCCAGAUAAAUGUUUAUGCUUGCUAAAGGAUAGAUAAAGUACUGGAAGAGGCUCAGCAGAGCCCAGGCAGGAUGUAUAAGGCAUAUAUCCUCAUUUUUGUUCUUCUGGGGUUUCCCAGGUGGCGCUAGUGGUAAAGAACCCACCUGCUAAUGCAGGAUACUUAAGAGACACAAGUUCAAUCCUUGGGUUGGGAAGAUGCCCUGGAGGAGGGCAUGGCAACCUAUUCUAGCACUCUUGCCUAGAGAGUCCCAUGGACAGAGGAGACUUGUGGGCUGUGGUCCAUAGGGUCACAAAGAGUUGGACACAACUGAAGUGACUUAGGACACAAGAAAACAGUACCUGUGAUUGCUCUCAGAUGAAUUUUAGUGCAAUCAAAUUAUGACCAUAGUCACCUGUUACUUGGGACCAUCUUGGCAAUGCUCCUCCAACUCCAUAUUACAGUUAAUGAAGAUUCUUUUUAAAUCUGAAAAAGCAGAAUGCACAUUUAGCCAAAAUUCCAUAAAAUAUGGAAUUUCCUACCUUGGCUUGGUGGAUCAUUUAUAAAAACUGAUGGCAGAUGUCCUCAAAUUACUACAGUUUGGCUGUUGUGCCUAUCAGCAAAGCAGCUUUUCCAGAAUCUUUGCAAAUUCUAAUUUGCAGUGUAGACUCCAUGCCUGAAAUGAAGCAGAGAAUUCAGAGAAAAGGUGAAGUUGUGUAUUACUUUUUAAUCACACACCAUAUUUUAAGUGAGAAUGAGGCUAUGCUUAAGUAUAACACAGAAAUAGCUCAAAUACUAGUAAGAACUAAGUGAAACAAUGACCAUCCUUGAAAUAGGGUCAGUUUCACCUGAUUCAUGUUGUAUACACUCUUUGCAAAAGCUUCCUCUGAGUUUCUUCAUGCUUUCUCUCAGUCUUUACUGAUACUAAGAGCACUUGAAACAAACGUUCAUUAGAGCAUUUAAAAUUUUUAAAAAUGCUAUAAAUAUUUCUUCUUUCCCUAACCAAGGUUGGUUGACCAAUGGAAUCUCUCAAGGCAAUUCAAGCUUGGAAAUUUUGUUUUGAUGCUAAAAUGUGUCUCUUGAAAUUUGGUAGAUCUGAACUACGAAGAAAGAGCUUCAAAGAUUUUCCUAUGUUUUUAAAAUGUAUUUUAUAAUUUUUUUUGCCUAUA